CCUCUGUUCUGUCUUACGCCUUGCAUUCUUUUGUCAAUGCGAACAGUGAAUAGCACUGAUACUCGGCUCUGCUUUUUAACAAUCAGUCAAAAUAAGGGAUGGAGAACUCAAGUGAGAUUGCAUUCUUUGUGCUGGGCGCCUACACUAACAUGGGACAGUUGAAGUACUUGUACUUCAUCCUACUGCUGCUAUGGUACUUUUCAAUAUGUGUGGCCAACACUGUUCUCAUUGUGGUCAUAUUUGUGGAGAGGAGGCUGCACGAGCCGAUGUACAUGCUGCUGUGCAAUCUGCUGGUGAACGAGAUUAGCGGCAGCACAUCUCUGUAUCCCCUCAUGCUCUCACAGAUGUUCCCGGACGUCCACGAAGUGCCUGUUUCGUGGUGUUUUCUGCAGAUGUGCUACAUCUACAUGUCCGCUUCUGUCGAGUUUUGCAGCUUAGCAGCAAUGGCGUACGACCGAUACGUUUCCAUCUGCAACCCUCUGCAUUACAGUGUCACCAUGAACACAGGAAGAGUGGCUGUCAUCAUUCCACUCGUCUGGUUGUAUUCGUUCGCUCUAUUGCUGUUACACCUCUUGUUUGUUGUCAAUUUGAAAUUUUGCGGAAAUGUUAUCAACAAGGUGUUUUGCGACCCACAAUUAUUAGCUUCACUGGCGUGUUCGGUUUCAGUGGUCAGCAGUAUAACUGAACUUCUAUACACCAUUCUGGCCUUUGCCAUCCCAUUUGCUCUCAUUAUGGUAUCCUACAUACAGAUCCUAGUGGUGUGUUUCAAUACCUCCAAAGAGAACAAGCAGAAAGCCAUCAGUACCUGUACCCCUCAGAUUGUUUCCGUGUCAAACCUGUUUGUCGGCUGCACUUUGACCGUUUUCGAGACCAAGAUUGAGGGGAGCCGUUUACCUGAUAAAGUGCGUGUUUUCUUUUCAGUCUAUCUGCUUGUUUGCCAACCAAUAAUCACCCCCUUUAUGUAUGGCUUAAACCUGCCCAAGAUAAGACAUGCGUGUAAAAAAAUUCUGUGGCGCAAAAAGGUAUUUUUCUUGCAAGAAUCUUUUUAAUGCAGCUCCGAUUUACUGUUCACUUGUGUUAUUUGUGGUUGUGUCAGGGAUUACUUCUCCUCAAGAUGUUUUUUUGCAAUCGUGGGGUUGUGCUCGUUUUACCUGAAGAGCUGAAUAGAAUUUCACCAUCUCGCCGUCACCUAACACCAGACAAAUGACAAUACAACAUGAUGUUGUUGCGAAUGCAAAUAAAACACAUUAUUACAGGAAGCAAUGCUAAUGAUUGUCAGAUGACCAGCUAGGUAGACAGUGAAAUAUACACUCAACCUCUUCAAAAGCUGCAUGAAAUAAAUAACAUUAAUUUUGUCAUUGUGGCUGUAGUUUGUGGUGGUUCCUCCAUUCAGGAACUCCAUGUAGUACAUUAGCGCCAUUCAACAUGUCCGAAAAGGAGUUAAUCCUACCCCUUUUUCCAUAUCUAUACUAAUUAAAGAGCAAUAUUUUGUGACUGAUGCCUCUAAAUAGAGUAAAAUAUAAAAAUAAGCACUCAUUAUGACGCAGUGUAAUCUACACCAACUAACUACUAUAAUAAUCCUAUUCAUUCUAGAUUAUAG